CAAAUAUUUGCCUGUCCCCAAAUUAGUCUGAAGCCAGUGACUCUGGAGUGAAGUGUGUCUGCUGUGGAUGAAUCAAAAUGUCCAGUGGUCACAGGCUCCUGGUGAAGAACGCCAAACAGCUGGUUCUCAUCUGCAACAACGGAGAGAAAUACAAGAUCAAACAUGGGAUGCAAAAUCUUUGUGUGGUUGAAAAUGGGAGCGUGGUGAUUGGAAGUGACGGGCUGAUUAAAGCUGUGGGGCCUGCAGAGGGGAUCGCAGCUCAGUAUCCUGAAGCUUCCUUUGAUAAAGUGAUUGAUGCUACAGGGAUGUGUGUCCUGCCUGGGUUGGUUGAUGCUCACACUCAUCCGGUCUGGGCUGGUGACAGAGUGCAUGAAUUUGCAAUGAAGCUGGCAGGCGCCACCUACAUGGAUGUGCACCGUGCCGGUGGAGGGAUCCACUUCACGGUGGAGCACACUCGAGCUGCCGGCUCCUCCGAGCUGCUGGCCUCCCUCAGCAGCAGGCUGGUGCGGAUGCAGCGAGCAGGAACGACCCUGGUGGAGUGUAAGAGCGGGUACGGCCUGGAGCUGCAGACUGAGCUCAAGAUGCUGGAGGUGAUUGAGGAGGCCAGACGCACGCUGCCCAUCAACGUCUCCUCGACCUACUGUGGAGCCCACGCUGUGCCCAAAGGGAAGACGGUAGCAGAGGCCACAAAGGACAUCCUGCAGGUUCAGCUGCCUCGGCUCAAAGAGAAGAUGUCCGCUGGGACUCUGAGGGUCGACAACAUCGACGUGUUCUGUGAGCAGGGAGUGUUUGACCUCAGCUCGACUCGCUCCAUCCUGCAGGCCGGCAAAGACAUGGGCCUCAACAUCAACUUCCACGGGGACGAGCUUCAUCCCAUGAACUCUGCUCAGCUGGGUGCAGAGCUUGGAGCGUUAGCCAUCAGUCACCUGGAGGAGGUCACAGACGAGGGGAUCGCUUCCAUGGCAACAGCUAAAACCGCAGCUGUCCUUCUGCCGACCACAGCUUACAUCCUACGGCUGCCGCAGCCUCGGGCCAGACACAUGCUGGAAGCAGGAGUGAUUGUCGCCCUCGGCAGCGACUUCAACCCCAACGCCUACUGCUGCUCCAUGCCAAUCGUCAUGCACCUGGCCUGUGUCAACAUGAGGAUGUCCAUGCCUGAGGCUUUGACUGCGGCCACCAUCAACGCCGCCUACGCCCUCGGACGCUCCCACACACACGGCUCUCUGGAGGUCAACAAACAUGGAGACCUGCUGAUCCUCAAUACCACACGAUGGGAGCAUCUCAUCUACCAGCUGGGAGGACAUCAGGAGCUCAUCCGCUACGUCGUCAUCAAAGGCAACGUCAUCGUUGACAAUGACAAAACCAUGGACUUAUAACCAGAGUCUGAAACCCAGGUGGCGACUCAAACCUCUAUCAGUGAAUGUCUGAACACCACCUCAAGCUCAACCCAAACAAGACCAAGCUGCUCUUCUUUCAGGGAAGGCUUCCCUUUCCAAAACCUGUCCUUAACCACUGAGAAGACUGCAAGGACCCAGCUGUCCUCCCUGCCUACAUCUCUGUGAUCCAUAAAUAACAACAAACCACUCUGUAUCUCUUACUGUCUCUAAAUAUAGCUCUUGAGGCGGUGCUACAUAUUUGAUGAAGUUGCAUUAUUCUUACAAUUUUGGAUUGUAUCCACAUGAUUGAAUGAAACUGUUGUAAGUCACCUUGGAUGAACGCUUCAGCUAAAUAAAUGUGAUGUUAAAAAUGUGUGCUUAAUAAAGAGCUGCUUACCUGUAUG